AUGUCAUAUAUUUUUCUUCUCGAUAUGCAAGUUGUAUUUCGUUGCUUUUUCACUUCAUUUUUCCAUUUUUCCUAUACACAAAGAAUGUUAAUCUCUCUCUCUCUCUCUCACUCUCUUAUCUAUAAAGCUAUCUCACUCUAUCACAGCCGAUUCAUAUCUAUCUAUCUAUCUAUCUAUCUAUCUAUCUAUCUAUCUAUCUAUCUAUCCCAGUUCAUAUCUAUCUAUCUAUCUAUCUAUCUAUCUAUCUCAGUUCAUUGUUAUCUAUCUAUGUAUCUUAGUUCAUUCAUAUCUAUCUAUCUAUCUAUCUAUCUACACGCACAAACACACACACUUGUACUCGCCAGCUUAUUUCGAACCUGUGUUACCAUUUCUAUCUUGCCCUAUCACGGCCGAUUCAAAUCUAUCUAUAUAUCUAUCUAUCUCAGUUCAUUCAUGUCUAUCUAUCUAUUUUGUCAAGGGCGCCUGCCUAAACAUGGGUAUGGACAAAAUAAAUUUUGGAUUCGUAGAAAAUCUAUCUAUCUAUCUAUCUAUCUAUCUAUCUAUCUAUCAAUUAAUAUCUAUCUAUCUAUCUAUCUAUCUAUCUAUCUAUCUAUCUAUCUAUCUAUCAGUCAGUUAAAAUUAUCUGUUUAUUCAACCGUCUCUCAACCUACAUCUCUAUCUAUCUAUCAUGAUCUAUCACAAUUAAUUAAUUUCUUCCUUCAUAUCUAUCUAUCUAUCUAUCUAUCUAUCUAUCUAUCUAUCUAUCUAUCUAUCCCAGUCUCUUCAUUAUCUAUCUAUCUAUCUAUCUAUCUAUCUAUCUAUCUAUCUAUCUAUCUAUCUAUCUAUCCCAGUCUCUUCAUUAUCUAUCUAUCUAUCUAUCUAUCUAUCUAUCUAUCUAUCUAUCUAUCUAUCUAUCUAUACGCUAUAACGCGGUCAAUUAAUUUCUUCCUUCCUUUCUAUCUAUCUAUCUAUCUAUCUAUCUAUCUAUCUAUCUAUCUGAUCAUUACUACUUUUCAUUCUGUCUUUCUAAUACUUAAACAUGUUCACAUGACAGUGGAGACGUUCCCUCCAUCAACUUACUCAUAA